AGUCACAACAGGUCAGGCUGACCAUACAUGGUGUUAUACCACUAGAACUAUACCAACCAUUCUAUUAAUUGGUAGAUCGGAAGGCGGGCCAAACACACUUCACCAAGUCAGAUAUAAGGAUCAUUCUGUUUUAGAAUCUUGGUAGGCAGUGCAGUGAAUUCUGUAUAUUUUGUCCUUGGGUGAUGAUUAACUAAAGGUGUGUUUAUGGUUAGCCGACACCAAGAGUGUGUUCUUCCAUGCUUUUGUUAGGAUAAGGGGACUACACAAGGAAGUCUUGCUAAACAGGAGGAUGCAUUUCUAGUAAUUCUCAACUUUAUUCAACCUCAACAAGUACGGAAGACUUAACAAAUAGGAAUAUUGGACAUUUGUUCUUGGAAUUCUAGGACGUUUGUAUAAGGAUGUUUCUUUCAAUUGUGGAUGUCUAUUGUAAGUGUCAAAGAACUGCAAUAAUCCCAACAUUUUAUCUGGAUUAAUACAUUUCUGAGGUGCUUAUCUAGUUGACUGAGAAUUUAUUUGCUAUUGUUUUCUUUUCUUGGAAUACUGAAAAAAGGUUGGCCUCAAUUUGAACAAAAUUGAUUUAUUUUGACAUUCUUGAUCAAAUCAAACAUUCCUUUUUCUACUUAGUGAAAGUUAAAUAUCAAUGCUACACCUGUUCUGUAAUUCACAUACCAUUUAUCUGAUUAAAUUGUAAAUAGGAAAAAUAGUGUGCAUUGGAAAGAAAUGAAAUUAAACAUUAGCAACAUUGCCUAACAUUCAACCUGUAAGAUCUAAGUGGCGACCAGUGGGUGAAAGUGGUUAGAUAGUGAAGAUUAGAUAAGUGUUGGUCUCUGCCGGAGGGAUUUCUUCUGUAGUCAUUAACCAUGACGACAGGUACAGGGGGCCCAGUGGCCUCGUUCUCUGUGUGGGACUAUGUGGUGUUUGUGGGCACAGUCCUGGGGGCGGCCGGCAUCGGCCUGUUCCAAGCCAUCCGGGGCCGCAAGAACACUAGCAGCGAUGAGUUCCUGCUGGGGGGCCGUCAGAUGACAGCGGUGCCCGUCGCCAUGUCCCUCACUGCCAGCUUCAUGUCUGGCAUCACCGUGAUCGGCACUCCAGCAGAGGCCUAUCGGUUUGGGGCGGCCUUCUGGAUAUUUGGCAUCUCCUAUGCCAUCAUGUCCAUCAUCACCGCUGAAAUCUUCGUCCCUCUCUUCUACCGCCUGGGCAUUACCAGCACUUACGAGUAUCUGGAGAUGCGUUUCAACAAGUUGAUUCGGGUGAUCGGGACCACCAUGUACAUCAUACAAACGGCCCUGUACACUGGUAUGGUCAUCUACGCCCCAGCUCUUGCUCUCAAUCAAAUCACAGGGCUGAACCUCUGGGGAGUGCUGGUGGCCACUGGGGUGGUGUGCAUCAUCUACUGCACUCUGGGAGGUCUGAAGGCGGUCAUAUGGACAGACGUGUUCCAGAUGGUGAUCAUGUUAGCAGGCUUCGUGGCCGUCAUCGCCAGGGGGGCUGUCAUCCAGGGAGGUCUGGGGAAGAUCUGGGAUGACUGCUACCAAGGAGGCAGGCUCAACCUUUUUGAUUUUGAUCCAGACCCUUUGAAGCGUCACACGUUCUGGACAAUCGUGGUUGGUGGCAGUGUGAUGUGGGCGUCCAUCUACUCCAUCAACCAGUCCCAGGUGCAGCGUUACAUCUCCUGCAAAACCCUAACUCAAGCCAAACUGUCACUGUAUGUGAAUAUGAUUGGUCUCUGGGUGACUGUGAGCUUAGCAGUGUUCUCCGGCCUCACCAUGUACUCCAUUUACAAGAACUGUGAUCCACUCACUAAUGGUGAUGUAGGGGCACUUGAUCAGCUGCUUCCAUACCUGGUAAUGGACAUCCUGGCAGCCUAUCCUGGAGUCCCUGGGUUGUUUGUUGCGGCAGCAUACAGUGGUACACUGAGUACUGUGUCCUCCAGCAUCAAUGCACUGGUGGCUGUCACUGUGGAGGACUUCAUCAGGCCAGUGUACAAAAACCUGACAGAUAAACAGGUGACCUGGAUGAACAUGGGCCUCAGUGUUUUCUUCGGAUUUUUGUGCAUUGGGAUGGCUGCAAUAGCUUCACUGAUGGGGAGCAUUCUGCAGGCAGCCCUGUCCAUAUUUGGAAUGAUCAGUGGCCCUCUACUUGGGCUUUACCUCUUAGGCAUGUUCUGGUGCACAGCAAACUCAACAGGGGGACUCACAGGGCUGAUUGUGGGCCUUGUUAUUACCCUGUGGGUGGGGAUUGGAGCUCAGAUAUACCCACCCUUAGCUGAUAAAACCAACCCCCUGCCAAUCAGUGUGGCAGGCUGUAACCGCACACAGGACCUGAACUACACCACCCUUGCCCCAUGGACUAGUGCAGUAACACUGACUCCUCUGCCUGAUGACCGUCCGGCUCUGGCAGACUCAUGGUACUCCCUGUCCUACUUGUACUUCUGUCUUCUGGGCACUUUGGUGACUGUGAUCGUGGGCUUGGUGGUAAGCGCUAUCACAGGUGGCUGCAAGCAGGAGAAGCUAAGCUCAGAUCUCUUUGUAAGGAGAAGUGAUCUAUUCUGCGCUGGCUGUGGCAAAGACUCAGAGGCAUCAGAACCAGAGAUAAAUGAAAAGGCUGGGUCAAAGCUGAAGAAGGGAUCAAACAACGCUGGAUUCCAAGACCCUCAGUUUAACAUUGUGGAGAAGGAUGUGGAGAAGGUCACUAAAAUGUGAUGCUGCCACCAUGCUAAAUGCACUCUGUCAACUGGAGUGCUCCAAGAGAAUGAUUUUUCCUCUCACCUUUCCAUUCUAGUUUUAUCGUAACGAAAUUCAUUACUAAGAGAAGGAACCCCAAGUGUGUAAUAAUGCAGGUUGAUCCAGUUGAUCAACUAGUUAGCUCAUGUAUGUUAGGCUAACCAGCUAUCUAAAUCUUAUAGUUAUCAUAGCAAGAUUACUUGCCGAAGUGCCUCGACACCCAGGGGGCUCCAUUGAUUUUGUGGAGUCAUUAAAGUAUCAUAUGAACACACAUAAGACAUGGCAAAAUGUGUAGAAUUGCAGGAAAUGAGCUUUAAAACUGUUAAAUGUUCUCUAAACCAACAAGAGGGGUGUGAACAGUUUAGGAUCCCAUGUGUUGUGAGGUGGUUUGUUACUAUCCCAAUAAAUUACAAUAUCCAUCCAGCCACCUAGGAAAUGUUUGUGGCCAGACCUUCCCAAAUAGUAGUUGAGCAUCCCUGACCUAGGCCAUGGAAGGGUACUGCAAUGUAAAGCAAUAUUUUAAUGUAUACAGCACUUGUUGUAAGGUAGGACUUUUCAACCAUGUGUUAAGAUAAAACAAUAUAUAAUAAUGUGAAUCUAACUUAAUUGUCAGUACAAAUAAGCAUAUGCAGUUCAUAUGUAAUCAUAUUUAUUUUGUGUUUACAGCACUUUAGGCUGAUAUGAGACAUUUUACAGUAUGUAAUAUUAAUUUUGUGGAUAUAAAGAUUGUGCUGAAAUGCA